AGUCAGACGUGUUUUCGAAUCCUCAAACCGAAAAAACCAAGUGUUUUUGGUAGAGGGAAAUGUGUGUUUACGAGUCAUAAUUAUCUUGCGGUGUUUCUCGAAUUCGUAAAAGUGAUGUAAGAAAAAAUUUAAAUGAAUACAAAUAUUAAUUUUGGUGGUCAUUGGGCUUAUGCCAGAAAAGAUUUAAAUCAAAAUCAGAUUUCAUGUUGGUGUAAAAGGUGUUAAAGAAAAAAAUUGGAAAUAUUACGUACAUCCAUACAUGUACUAUAUGUAUAAGUGUCAAAAAGUGUCAUAAUGUCCAAAUUCUUUUAAAGUGUUUAAAAUCACAAAUAUUAAAAAAAAAACUCUGUGCUGAUCUCUUGACUUUUAGCGACGAGAAAAUACAACUUUGUGAAUAAACUCUACUAAAUGUGAGCUGUGUAUCAGCCGCAACGCCAAGAAUAUAAAAGCAUACAUUCUCCACAACAACAAAGAUAAAGACGAAAAGUUAAUGCCAAAAGACAUCGCCAAAAUGUACACUAUUAUUCCACCGACCAGUGCAUAGUCAAAACCCACUCAACAUAUUUGACAUUCCAACGAGUACACACACAAGUAGUGGCGCUCAUCACUCAACGGCAAAUCAUCUGUCAAAGCCGAGCCGAGCUGUGCAGCCAAGGCGUUAACAGCUAAGUAACCCAAUAAGGCAGUUCGUGCGACAGUCCGCGUCCGUCGACCGUUGUCAGCCACUACACUGCAGCAUGUUUGGGUCACAGCCAGCAUCCGGGAGGCUGGUCACCGCUCUGCCGUGGGCUAUGCACGUCUCAACCACAACGUCACGCUCGUCAUACUUCGAUAUCGGUGGCCCAGCCUUGGCUUCUGCUAUCGGUAGAGUGGCAGCCAGCACCAGCCUCGAAGAAAGCCUGCGCAACAAGAGUGCGUUUGUGGGUGCGGUGUGGGGUGAUGAUGCGGACAUCGAUCCCGCCACGGAUUAUGUGCCACCCUCACAACGACCCGAAACCUAUAUUAUCACAGUGCUGUUUGCGCUCAUCUUUAUUGUUGGCGUUUUAGGUAAUGGCACUUUGGUGAUAAUAUUUUUUCGGCAUCGCUCCAUGCGCAACAUUCCCAACACUUAUAUUCUGUCGCUGGCCUUGGCCGAUCUGCUGGUCAUUACCAUUUGUGUGCCAUUGGCCUCCAUCGUCUACACACAGGAGAGUUGGAACUUCGGUGCCGAGAUGUGUGGCAUCAGUGAGUCCUUCAAAGACAUUUCCAUUGGCGUUUCGGUAUUUACACUGACCGCCCUGUCUGGCGAACGCUAUUUCGCCAUUGUGAAUCCGUUGCGCAAACUGCAGACACGGCCUUUGACCGUUUUCACCGCCUCGAUGAUCUGGAUAGUGGCCAUUUUGCUGGCGGCGCCGUCGUUUAUUGUCUCCGAUCUUCAAGAGAUACACAUUCCACCAAGCAAGAAUAGUAAGAACUUGACAAUUGUCAUUUGCUCGCCGUUCGGACGUUAUCGCCCCAAUUAUAAGACUUAUUCCAAAUACGCUGUGAUCAGCAAGGCGAUCAUCUAUUAUGUGCUGCCGCUGUUCAUCAUCGGAGCCUUGUACAUCCUCAUGGCCAAGCGUUUGCACACGAGUGCACGUGAAAUGCCCGGCGAGGCGUUGGGCAUGCAAAGCCGGUCGCAGGUGCGAGCGCGUCGUUACGUGGCGCGAAUGGUGGUCUCCUUUGUUGUGAUAUUUUUUGUCUGCUUCUUCCCUUACCAUGUAUUCGAGUUGUGGUUCCACUUAAAUCCCACGGCUGUAGAUGACUUUGAUGACUUCUGGCAUGCCGUUCGCAUAAUAGGAUUCUGUGCAAGUUUUUUGCACUCAUGCGUCAAUCCCGUCGCGUUGUAUUGCGUCUCCGGCGUGUUCCGGCAGCACUUCAAACGCUAUUUGUGUUGCCUGUGCAUUAAACGACAGCCGCACAUCCGCCAACACUCCACAGCGACGGGCGUGAUGGACACGAGCAUCAUGUCGAUGCGGCGCUCCACCGUCAACAACUACAAUCGCGCAUCGAUGCACAUCAACAAUAACAGGGGCGGCACCAAUGGCGGCGGCGGCAGCGCUGGUGGCGCGUCCACCACCAGCACAAGCUUUCAACGGCAAGCCUCAAUGCCGCUGCACCACAGCGUCACGCUGCAGAAAAACGGAGCUGGCGGCGGCACCCACGCCGCUGGCGACAAGAGGUGAGAUACGGUCGUCAUGAUGCUGGAAGCGGACGAAUUUCUUUAAGUAUGUAAAACGCACUGCGUAACACUUGUGAUCAUAACAGCACCCACACCCAGACACGUACGCACACAACUGUCCGUUGUGCCAUCACAUGUACUACGUGUUCCACUUGACGGGGUCUUAGAUAGUUUAAUGAGUUAAGUGUAGUGUUAUUGUUGUACAUUAUUGGGGUUAUUGUAAGGGGGAAGAAUAACAAUGUGUGGUGCAAUUAAAUGCGCACUAAUGAAGCGUUCGAGCGACUUAAAGCGGAAAAAGGCGAGCAGACAGUGUUACCAGCUCGCUUCGGGCGGGAAUAUAGUGCCGCUGUGGGUUAAUCAGCAACAUGACGCUGCGCUUCACUAUGUUUUAAUCCUAAGGGGCGCACUCCAAGUGGUAUUAUGCUAACGGUGAUUUUAUAUUUAACUGUUUUUGUUGAUAUUAUGAAGCGGUGGUGCUGCUACCGUUCGUUUGUUGCAAAUACACUAACGAGCAAAAGCGAUUUUUAUGAAGUAUACGUGUUCUUGAUAUAUGUAUAUGUAAUGUUUGCCGUUUAAAUAUCACCGCUUUGCUCAUCAUUGUAUAAACAAACAUUUGCCUAAUGUAUAUAUAAUUAUGUAUAAUGAAAUUUUGUUUAAUUGUAUUAAGAAACCGUAAACUAAAUAGUUUAGUAAACAGUUUAGUAAAUAGUUUAGUAAUUAUAUAAGAAUAUGGAAAUACAUAAAAAAAUUACACAAAUAUCUUGUCGUGUUGAGCCACGCUUAAAAACACUUCGCCUAACUGUGAACUUACUGCUAGAAGUAGAGUUAAGACUUUUUACGUUAAAUCAGGUUGUUGUUAUUGUAUAUACUCGCAUAGUAUUUUUAUAUGUGUGUAAUUACUAAUUCUCUAACUGUGAAUGUACAUAUUUGCAUAAAUUGAUAACUUACCUAUAUGUGUAGUUGUGAGUACGUUUGUUAACUGUACAUAAAAAUAGCAAAUCACAACUGAAAGGCAACCUGAACUGGAAGUUGAGAUCCUGAUCUGGUAUGUACACGAACACACAUAAAUACGUGCUAAAUACAGAUUACGCGCGCACACACGGGGAAUAUAUAUGUACAUACAUACACACAUGUGGUAUGUGUUAUUGUUGGGGUGUUACACUCAAGCAAACUGUUUAAUUUACUUUUGUCACGACGAUAUGGCAACAUUCCCGCUCCAUUCUACCACAUUCUUCCUUGUUUGUAAGUAAUUUAAGCUAGUAAAGAAUACACGCUCGCACACACAUGUUUGUAAAUACAUACCUAUACACAAAAGUAAAUAAGUAAAUGUGCGUAACAUGAAAAUAAAGAAUGAACUCAAGAGACGCGAAUACAUAAAAACGCCCAAGCUUUUUUCUCUUCUACUAAAUCAUUUGUAAGUAAUAGUAUAAAACCGUUGAGUAUAAUAAUGUAAAGGGUGGGCGCAAUGUUGUUUAUCACAUUACAUGCAAAUCUGCCAUAAUUUAUGGCAAAACACGCGGAAGAUUAAUGAAAUGGUGCCCUCGUGCUACACCCACCUAACCGCACAGAAGGUUUGUGACUGGAAAUUAUUUCACAGUUCCACGUAAAGAAGUUAAGGCAACCUGUUUGUGCACGUGCUUGUGAACACGUCUGAUAAAAAAUGGUAACUCUUUUAGCCGUUUAUGCAGAGGCGAACUCCAGAGUAUGCGGGUUAGAUGUGCGAACUACCACUCACCUGCUUUGACAAUGUCAGGGGCUGUAAGCUCUAAUGUCAUUCGACACCGACACAUAUUGGAAAACGCGCUCGCCUUGUUAAGCCUUGUGUAAGCUGCUCGUAAAAUCCACUAGGAGAGAGGCUGCUUAAAGUUUUCAAUAUACAUAUACCCAUAACUAGUUACCAAACAGUGCUUUCAAUCAUUUAAUGCGUUAUAAGAUUAGCAAACUGAUUAAGAAUAAGUUCAAGAAUAAAAGUUGCUGAAGGCAACAAUUCCAUAGAGCCACGUUUGUUACGUUUAAAGAAGCUUAGACCGAUUUUGAUCAGCUUUAACAAAUUUUGUUGUUGUCUUUUUAGCGCGACGUUGAAAGGUUCAUUUUAUUUUGUCUCUUUCUGCUUUCGGCCUUCGCGAGCUGUCAGUGCAUCAUGUUUUGUUGUUAUAAAAUUGUUACCAGUAUAUAUGUAUAUAAAAAGCUGUGAGAUUAUCUAUUGUCAUUUGACCAAAAGCAAUUCUGGUUGUUUUCUGUGUUUGCACAAUUCGUUGAAUUCGCUGACCCUCAAGCGAAUUUAUUUUUACAUGUUUCCUUUAUUAUCCUGCACUCUGCAGAUGAGCACAGCUGAUUUGAUUACGUUUUUUAUGUGCUUUCCCCUCCUCACUCCUCACUCCACAAUCACGAAUACGAGCUGCCUUUUGCACUAAGAUAGUCGACGCAUACACGCACAUACAACACAAUCAGUUGCAUAUGUAAAUAUUUUCGAAAAUUUUCUCAUUCAAAACCAUGCAACUCAUUCACUCUUUUCACAUGCACAGUUGUUGCUGCAAAAUAGUGUUGUCCAGCAGUAAACAAACGGCAAAAGUGCAAAAAAGAAAGAAAGAAACAAAAAAGGAAUCAGUUUUGUUGAUAGUAAAGUUGGAUACUAGUUUUCGUUUGCGCGCCGAAUGGAACUCACGGAAUACGCCACACACGCACAUAGCUGAGAUACAUAUGUAUGUUUACAAUUUAUUUGCUAAUUUCAGGCUUAAAUGCAUUUCAGAUACUCUUUGGAUAGCUUGGAGCGUUACUAAGUCGCGGCAUUUCAUAUAUGUAUGUAUACGCAUAUUGGCACUAUAUACAUAUGUACUUGUAGGUGUGUGUAUGUACACCUAUGCAGCGAUGUUGUUAGAUGCAACUAAAAUUUGAUUUAUUGUAAUAAAAAGCGCUCCAAUGCGUGUAGAGCUGUUCGGUGGACGCCUGAAUUGCAACUUUAAGCCUUUGAGGAAAACGUAUUAAUUAAGGAAGAUGUACAUACAUAUACAUACAUACAUACAGUCAGUGUGAAAAUAA